GAGUAAGUGCGUUUCAUUAGACAACAAGGAACGCUAAAACGAAUACACCUCUGUUUCUACUGUUUCUCCAGAGACUCUGAAAAUGGGAAAAAGUUUGUAUGAUCCAAUGAUUUUCAAAUUGUAUCAAUUGGCUCGGACAGCUUUUAAACGACCACAGACAAGGCCAGGACGGAAUACAAAAAGAUGCAAUCCGUUCUACAUAAACCCCAAGAAUUUUUGGGAUCAACUACAGUUGGUGAUUGGUACAGAGGAGGAUGUCCAUAUUCGCAGAGAAGUUAUAGCACUUUAUGUGUAUGCUUUACGUUCAACAUCUUGUGAAUAUAUGACCGGAAGUAAAGGCGAUGGAUUUUUCUUUUAUUGGAGUGACCUCGACAUGAUGUUAUCUACACCUUAUCCAGAAAUCAGCAUGGAAUCAGUUCAUCCUGAGUGUGCGUUGAUUGCAACAAGAAAUGGUUGUCAACCAGGAUUCUGUAAAUUAAUUCAAUCUAGCACUAACUCGGAUUAUUAUUCCAGAAUAGAGUUUUUAAUAUUUAGACAAAAUGUGGCUUUUAAUGUUAACUUUGACGAAACGAAUCAUGGACCCUGUUUUUCAACAAAUUAUCCAGAUGGAUAUGAUCGUUGUUAUGCGUUAUCCGUACAUCCAGAUUAUUCAAAUGCAUUUUUGAAAACCUUUAAAACAAAGUUUUGGAACGAUAUCAAAAUUGAAAUACUCAACGACAACAUAACUGUCAUGCAUUGUGUUCCUAAAGGACCAGUAAAUGGAGACGAGGAUGGAUAUCAAUGGCUAAUCUCGUUUUCCGUGCUUGAGCAAAAAAUUGUUCAUUCAUUGAACCAUGUUCAGUUCUGUUGUUACGGAUUGAUGAAAAUUCUUAUACAUGUAGUUAUUGAUGUAUCUGCUGAAACUCAGGACACGAUCUCUUCCUACCACUUGAAAACAGUUAUGUUUCACGUCUUAGAAGAUAUUCAUCCUGCAUUUUGGAUUAUACAAAAUAUAUUCUACUGUCUUCGGAUAUGCUUGACGAGACUUUUAUUAUUUGUCGCAAAAGGCUGCUGUCCUAACUAUUUUAUACCUGAAAACAAUCUUUUUUCAAAACCAAGAAUGAUUGAGAAAAGACGCACUGUACAAGAAAAUCUUCUUGAAGUCCUUCGUUGUGAAAAUACAUUGAUACAUCAUAUAAUUAGAGCACAUGUUUCUUUCGAAGAUAUGAGAUUAAAGAAGGAAUCUCACACUUUGCGGACAUUUUAUUCACUAUGCUCAGCUCUUAGAGUGGUAAAUGGCCACCAGACUUCGUAUCGUGAAUGCAUGAAUUGCGUCCUAAAGAUCAUGCUUGCAAUACAAGGCGAAGAAAACCAGCUUAGGGUCGUUAUUCUGAAAUACAUAUGGCUUUCGAUCAUGCGGAGAGUAGGUGUACUUAUGUACGACAAAUUUGUUAUGACUGGUUUUAGAUCAUAUCUGUUAUCAGCAGAAGUGGCACUCAUGUUCGCACAACAUGCCGAUAUAUUUGGUUCGAUCUAUUUGGCGACACUUUGGUACUGUGAAGGAAGGUAUAAAAAAUGCAUCAGGUUGAUUUCUAAGACUGCUAGGAGUCUACCAACGACUCCUCUAAUUGAAACCGUUAAUUUUAAAUCUCUUGCAAACAAAUGUUCAAAAAAACCUUGUGAUUAUGCUAGUUUGUUUGAGAACCAUUUCGUUAAAUGUACUGUAGAUAUGCAUAGAGCCAAUCAUCUUUUCCCAAAAGAAAUAACAGAGCUUGUUGAAAAAGCAAACAUUUUCUGUUUCAUAGUGUAUUAUAAAUCGUAUGCGUGCUUUUUACUAUUUCUUUGUUAUUACAACAUGCACAAAAAAGCGGAAUGUACUCGGACAUUUUCUGAGUUGCUGCAAUCAUACAGAGAAUUUCCAUUUUGUUUAGCAGACAAAUUGCUCCAACAAAAUACAAAGAAGUUGUUAGAUAUUGCAGCAAUAAAGAUGAAAAACUUCUACUAGUCAGAGAACAUAUGGCCAUAUAACUCUUUUUUGUUGAAAACGAAUAGAUAAUUAAUUCAUUCGAAUACAAAGGUACAUGCUACAACCUUCAAUCGAUACGACAAUUGUUGCCAGUGACUUUUCUGUUCUAUUUACAUGUUUUUGUCUUUCUUUUUUUAAAUUAUAUAUGUCAGUCAAGAACCUUUUUAUACUGUAUACAGGAAUAUAUUCGCCUCCAUUUUUUUUCACUCCUUUCGCCUUCGUUGUCAGAGGGCGAAUUUAAAACUGGGCGAAUUCAAUGUUACAAAAAUAUCUCUCUUAACACAACUGCAACUGGGCGAAUUCAAGACUAGGCGAAACUGUUUGCAAGUGUAGAAGGGCGAAAAUAACACGAGGCAAAAAUAACCCUGUAUACAGUAAUACUUUCCAAUGCAUGUUUUACAGACAUGUGAUAAGAUUGCUUGCAUUGCUGAGACAUUAUUGAGACAUUAAAAUACAUGUCUCGCUAACAUAUGACUGUUCUGAUUUGUUGUGAUGACUUUUUUUCUUUUUGGGAAGAGUUUUGUCUUGUGUCUGACUAGACACAAUUUGAUGGUAUAUAUUUGAAUGUGCAACAUUAUAAAAUACAUGGAAUUUAAAACAUUAUCAUAUACAUUUAUUUACCUAUUUCACUUUUGUAUAAAAUGACUUAGACAUAGUUUAGCAGAGUUGCAUGGAAUUUAAAAGAUCAUACAUUUAUUUCCUAUUUCACUUUUGUAUAAAAUAACUUAGACAUAGCUAGCAGAGUUUAUUAUUGCAAGUAUUUGUUAAUAGAAAUUAAAGAAACAGCAACAAUUGUUAUACAUAGUUAUGAACGGAAGAGGCCAUUAACGAUUUUUUAUAACAUAGAAAUUAGUGUCAGGAACUUUAAAUUUGGUUUCCUAAUGUAUUAAUACGGUUCAAAUGAUUCUCCAUCUUGCUAGGCUUUGCAAACUUUAAAUCUAUGUAUGAAUACAAUUCGAAACUUUAAAUUCUGUGAUUUUCACUUCGUUAUAUGCAAAGAUACAGGUAAAAUUUUAUCUUUAUAAAUAAUCUUCUUAAAACCAUCUCAAUUUUAGAAUAAAAGAACAAUUACAAAAUAUUUUAGAAAGUUGAAAAAAUAAAAGGAAAUAUGGGCAAAACAAUACAUAUCAUACUUCGUCACAUGUUAAUUUUGACACAUAUAAGAUUUUUUUCACAGAGAAGUUAUGGCAUCAAAUCAUUCUACUCCUUCAAAGAGACACUAGAGCUUAUUUCCUCAUCUUCAUAUUUUUUUUUAACACAGUUCAAUAAAAUAAUAGAGGUUGUGCAUGUACUGAAAGCUUUGUUACUGUAAAAUGAAGCUCUCAAAUGCUUGUAAAUGAAUUUUGGAAUUCAAAUUUUCAUCUUAUCGAAUGCAACUUUGAAAUUUUCAUUUACAUUAUGUGCUUUUAAAGAACCGCAGUUGUCAAUGGAAUAUUGUAGAUAGUUUCAUAGAAAUAAACAGGACGUGAAAAUAACUCCUAUCACUGUUAUCGAUUUAAUGUAUUGUGUCAAUGUUAUUAUAUUCAAAUUCAGUAUAUAAAUGUUUCCGUUACAGUUGGUGUAAAAAGUCAAUAUAGAAGACAAUAAAAAAAGAUAUUGGGAAUCUUCACUUUUGUACAUGUAUGAUGAGUUAAAUAUACUAUUCUUUGAUAAUUUUUCUCUAAUUUCAGAUCUUGUGGUAAAAAUUGAUAGAUUUUCAUAAUAUUAUUCAAUGUAGAUGAACAAGACUUAAACAGGAGAUAAAAUCAAAAUCUGAGUUUGAAAAUACCAUGCAUAUGGUAAUAAAAAUGAACAAUCUCCUACCAUAUCCUGAUUCAGUAUUUAAGUUUGAAAAU